GUUGAGCGGCUUUCGCUGUUGCAUGAGCUGCGGGCGCGUUGAGCAUUUGCGGCAAAAUCUGCGACCAUUCUGCGAGACAGCAGACACUUCAAUUGCAGCUGCCCCGUAGACGCGCGCGUUCUGUUUGUGUUGUGUUUUUGUGUGUUUCGUGUGUGUGUGUUUGUGUAGUUGGUGUGAAUUUUAUAAAUAAAUCGCGUGGCGUGAAAGUGAAAUGCGUUGCAAGCAGCAUAACUAAGCACAAGUGGAUGCCACACAGCAUAAACGAGACGCAAUUAAGUGAAAAAUUUCUAAAAUAAAGUAAAGCAAGUCAGGUUUUUGUUGUUGUUUAUCUAUUGAAAGCGACGCCGCCGCCGUCGCCGUCGCCGCUCAACUGGAAGGCGCGGCAGCAUCAAACCGAAACCUGAAACUGAAAUUGAGCGAACAACAACAACAACAUCAACAAAAGCGACAACAAGGCGCGUCCUUGAGCUCAUAAUUAAAACACCUGUUCAAGCGCAGCAACAACAACAACAAAGACAACAACUUUGGCAAGAGCAUUUCUGGCUCUAAUUCUCUUCCUCUCAAUAAAAACAACAACAACAAAAGGGAGAUGAAUAAUUUCACAACGACAACGGCCGCCGUGCCCAAAAAGGACGCACUGCCUCGAUCAGGGCACGUUACAGAGGUUUGCAAGGAAUGGCUCGUGCGUGAGGACGGCGCCCUGGCCUACAAGCUGCAGUCCCAGGAGAUUAACGACUUUUAUAAGGGCAAUCGCUAUAGGAACGCGGUGGUGCGCGAAGAUUUCCCCACGGCUCUGCAUGAACAAAUCAAGGAAACGGAACAGGCCCAGCGUCAGGUGGAGGCCUACAGAAGACGCCUCACCGAACAGGAGGAGCACGACAAAUGCAUUGCCAAAGAAAUUGCCGACAAGCUGGAACGCGAUCUGCAGGAACAGCAGCAAAAGGAGCUGCAGCAAAGCGAGCUAAUAGCACAGAAAAUGCAGGAAAUCUAUGUGAAUCUGCCGCCCGUGCCGCCGCCAGCAACGCGGGACAAGAGCCGCCCGCCGCCGCGACCAGCCAAAGCAAGUAUACGCCAGCAACAGCUGCAACUGCAGCACGAAUCGAAUGGCAGCCUUGAGCCCAGCACCUCACAGCAAGCUAGAUUUGUCAGUCAGCAACACUUUUCACAAACAGACAACUAUGUAGGACUCUCGCUUAUACCAAAUAUUGUUGAUAUGCCAGCAACAGCAGCAGCAACACCCACUAGACUACACAACACACAUGCACCACACAAUCAGCUGCUGUUGAAAUUAUCGCCAGAGAAGUACGAUCAAAUGGUGGGCAACUUUGCGCUGGGCAAUGCGAAGGCCGCCGAGCGGCACAUGCAGCAGCACGCCGACGACAUUGAGCUCUACGUGGAUCCCUGCGAUUAUGCCAGUCUGCGCGAGAUUGGACUGCCGCCCGAGGAGCUGCACGAGCUGAGCAAGAAGCUCAAGCAGGAGCAGAAGGAUGAGCUGCUGGCGCGUCGCCUGCAGGCGAUCGAGAGCAAGGAUAGCGUGCGGCAGGAGAUACGCGAUCGCAUGCUGGCCAUCGAGGCGCAGGACAAGGAACUGGCCAAGAUGCUGCAGGAGCGCGAGAAAGCCAAAAUGAAGCGCGCCAAGGAGAAGGCGCGCCUGCGCAAAUCGCAGCAGAAGGAAGCAGGAGCUGGCGGCGCAGCUGGCAACGGGGUAAAUAGCCUGCUCUGCGGCACGAACGGCUCGCAUUGCGGGCCGCUGCUGGCGCUGCCACAGGACUGCCUGUCCGUCGCACAAGCGCCAGACGAUAUCGAUGUGGAGGCCUAUUCGAAUCCCAUAGAUGUGCUCAACAGCAGUCGCGAGCAGCGCCAGCCCAAUGGCACCCUGACUAACGGCAGUCUCGGGCGGGACAGCGGCUCCUCGCACGGCGGAUCGAUGCAGCGGCAACAGCGACAGGCGGCGGCUGCGGCCAGCAGUCUGACACGCGGCGAGGAUGACAUCUAUACGCUGCCCGUGGACAGCUGUCGGCCGGGCGGACACGGCGCUCAGCGGCCCAUCUCGCUGCACCUGGCCGCGGAGUCCGUGCAGCAUAAUUCCAUGACGCGUUCGGAGCACUUUGGCUCGGAGGCGGGCUCCCAUGACAGCACGCUGUCCAGUGGCCACGAUGUCGGGCCGCAUCUGAAGUACUCCAAGUCCGGCAACUUUGGUAUAUAUAUCAAAGCGCCAGCCCCACGCCGCCUUAUAUGCCAAUUCAGGGUACGCGCCGAUCGAAUUCAAGUGAAGAUCGUAAAAAGAAACUGAAGGACAACAAGUGCACGCAUCAGUGAAGCAGGAAGCAGCUGCUUCCUUAUUUACUAUUAUUAAUUAUUUUCUCAAAAGCAAUGCAAUUGUUCAGCUCACAUCAACUUUCAUAGACACACACAACUAUAAUUUUUAAUUAUAAACGUAGCUUUUGCAUAAGCUUUAUUGUAAUCCCUGUUGUGCAUGGUAUCAGAUAACAGAUAACAGAUAAUAGAUAACUCAGUUAUGGGUUUAAAAUAAAUGUUUGUUAAUAAGUCAA